AUGAUGACAAGUAAUAGAGAAAAAGAAAUUUUGCUUGCUGUACUCAAUAGGUACAAAGAAAUGCCUCAUCUAUGGCAGAAGACUCACAAAGAAUAUAUGAAUAGAGAUAAAAGAGAAGUAGGGUUCAAGAUUCUUCUGAAAAUUUACAGAGAAUUCGAUGCGCAUGCAACCAUAAAAUAUUUAAAGAAAAAAAUUGAGAAUAUGCGUACCAGUUACAUCAGAGAACUAAGAAAGAUGAAAGAAUGUCAGCGCACGGGGAAAAUCUAUUCAUCAAAUUUGUAUUACUUUGAUGCUCUGAGGUUUAUUGGCGAUAGCGAUGGUUAUUAUGCGCCAAAGAUAGAACCUGCAGAGAUAGAGGGUCACUCGCCUGCACUAUCAUCAGACGCAGACAGCGAUUACCAACCAAAGCCCACUUCAUCCGCACAGAAGAAAAAAAAGAUAUCCCAACCAGUCGCUGAUACGAAAGUCAACAAUCAAGUAACAACAGAUGUGCUUCUUCAGAUCCAAGAUGAAAAGUGGGAUGCCAUUGGAAGAUCACUAGGCCUCCAGCUCCGAGACCUGGACAAAGACCAACAAACUGUUGCUCAUAAGCUGAUAAACGACGUUAUGUAUUAUGCCGAGAGUGGAAUGCUGUCUCCACAUUGCUCAAUAUGUCUGGACACCACCCUAGGACACACCUUGAAUAUUGAAUAUGAUUCUCCAUCUGAGGAGAGUAGACAUUUGGAUAUAGAUUCUAUGGAUCCUAUCAUACCAUAG